AAAACAAAAACAAAAGGCCCUUAUCUUUAAAUGAGAGGAAAAAAACUUGAUCAUGAUUGUGUAAGCGCAACCACCACCCUGCAAGUACCACCACAAGAAUGCUCUAAGCACUUUGUUUGUAUCGUCUUUGCCAAAACCUGUGGUUCGUGUUCCACUCCGUGACCAGUUUCUCUCUUCUUCUCAACCUCCCUCGCUCGCUCAAGUUGAUCAAACCAUGGCCUCUGCGAUGCUCAACGGGGCCGAGCAUCUCACACUCCGGCGAGGUUUAUCCCCAAAUGGGUUGGGUUUUGUUGGGUCGGAUUUUCAUGGGAAGCAGUUUCUGAAGAUGGGUUUGGUAUCAAACACUAGAAUUUCCAAGUCUGGUGCCAGAGCCAUUGUGCCCAAGUGUAGUGUCUCAGCUUCCAGGCCUGCUUCUCAACCCAGGUUCAUUCAGCACAAGAAAGAGGCUUUCUGGUUUUAUAGGUUUCUAUCAAUUGUUUAUGACCAUGUCAUAAACCCUGGGCACUGGACUGAGGACAUGAGAGACGAUGCACUUGAGCCAGCUGAUCUUAACGACAGGAGAAUGAUUGUCGUAGAUGUGGGUGGAGGUACUGGGUUCACCACCUUGGGGAUAGUUAAGCAUGUGGAUGCCAAGAAUGUGACCAUUCUUGAUCAGUCCCCCCAUCAGCUAGCUAGGGCUAAGAAGAAGGCGCCUUUGAAGGAGUGCAAGAUCAUUGAGGGCGAUGCUGAGGACUUGCCUUUUCGGACUGAUUAUGCGGAUCGAUAUGUAUCUGCAGGAAGUAUUGAGUACUGGCCAGACCCACAGCGUGGCAUCAAGGAAGCAUACAGGGUCUUGAAACUUGGAGGAAAAGCAUGCGUGAUUGGUCCUGUGUACCCAACGUUUUGGUUAUCUCGCUUCUUUGCUGAUGUAUGGAUGCUUUUCCCCAAGGAGGAAGAGUACAUUGAAUGGUUCGAGAAGGCUGGAUUCAAAGAUGUCCAACUGAAAAGAAUUGGCCCAAAAUGGUACCGUGGGGUUCGCCGCCAUGGAUUGAUAAUGGGGUGUUCUGUAACAGGCGUUAAGCCUGCAUCUGGGGAUUCUCCUUUACAGCUCGGACCAAAAGCAGAGGAUGUGUCAGAGCCUGUAAAGCCACUAUCGUUCCUUACGCGCUUCAUCUUGGGUGCCUUGGCAGGAAUGUACUACGUACUGGUGCCUAUAUACAUGUGGCUCAAAGAUCAAAUUGUACCAAAAGGUCAACCAAUCUAAGAGCGUCAUAAAAUCUUAUCUCAACCUCUUAUGUGCUUUUCGUUUUACUCCUAGGGGACGAGCAUAGUUGUAUUGUGGCAUGUAUGUAGUGUGGCAUGUAUGCAGAGGACAAGACUGAAUUGUUGAUGAUCGCUUAAUAAGUUCCCAUCUCACUGUUCAUUUCUAUUAUCUGCGGUGUGAAUAGUGAUAUAGAAGCGUUUUAUUUCGAUAAUUUGAUAAUC